AAGAUCGUCUAGAUACUAGUAGUCUUCAGAGCUUGUUUUACUCAGAGUACUUUGUUUACAUCACAAAGCUGCAAUGCUGAGAAGCCUAGCUCAGAGGUGUGCUGGAUGGAGGCAGUUGUCACUGUCUCACGUGAGGAGAGUGAGUGAGGUGCCUCUUACAGCUGAGCACUACAAUGUCACCAGAGGAGACUAUGCAAAGGUAUCAGAACUGGACCUGCAGGAGUUCACCUCCAUUCUCGGCAGUGAGGGAGUGAUAACAGAUCCCCAUGAUGUGGGACCAUACAAUGUGGACUGGCUCAGAAUAGUUAGAGGUCAGAGUUCAGUAGUGCUGAGGCCUCGGACAACUGAUCAAAUCUCCAAGAUACUAUCACACUGCAAUCAGAGGAGAUUGGCUGUGGUACCACAAGGUGGCAACACUGGACUAGUGGGUGGCAGUAACCCAGUGUUUGAUGAGAUUGUACUGUCCACUUCUCUCAUGAACCAAAUCAUUAGUCUCGAUGAAACUGCUGGUAUACUGGUGUGUCAGUCUGGGUGUGUGCUGGAGCAACUGGACGGGAUGCUGGCUGAGAAGGGGCUCAUGAUGCCACUGGACUUGGGAGCUAAGGGAAGCUGUCAGAUUGGUGGUAAUGUAUCUACUAACGCUGGUGGUCUGAGACUGUUGAGGUACGGCUCACUGCGUGGAAACGUGCUCGGAGUGGAGGCUGUUCUGGCUGAUGGCACUGUGAUGGAUUGCUUGUCGACAAUGAGAAAAGACAAUACUGGUUAUGAUCUGAAGCAGCUGUUUGUCGGUGGAGAGGGCACUCUGGGGGUGAUAACAGCACUCUCUAUUCUGACUCCGCCCAAGCCCAGGUCGAUCAACGUGGCAUACAUGGGCUGUAAUGACUUUGAGCAGGUCAAGCGUGUCUACACAACAGCUAAGAGAAUGUUGGGAGAGGUCUUGUCAGCUGUUGAGUUCCUGGACUCGCACUGCCAGAGAGUAGUGGAGCAGCACUGUCACUUGCCCAACCCCAUCAGCCCCUCCCCUUUCUAUGCACUUGUGGAGACCUCCGGCUCUAACGAUGAACAUGAUAAGGAGAAACUCAAUUCGUUUUUGGAGUAUAUUAUGGAUGAGGGUAUCAUUCAGGAUGGGACUAUGGCUACAGACUUGACAAAGGUUAAAGGAUUGUGGGAGCAGAGGGAGAGAAUUGCCGAGGCUAGUGUCCGUGAAGGAGUGGCUUAUGCGUACGAUGUGUCUCUACCACUGAGCGUGUACUAUGACCUUGUGGAGGUCGUACGAGAGAGGGUCAAACAUGUGGCAAAAUGUACAAUAGGUUUUGGACAUAUUGGCGACGGUAACCUUCAUUUUGAGAUAAUCGCAGACUCCCACUCGACUGACCUACUGAAUCUGAUAGAGCCUUUUGUGUUUGACUGGACAGCCUCACACAAGGGGAGCAUAUCUGCUGAGCAUGGCUUAGGAUUCAAGAAAGCACAAUACAUCUAUCAUUCUAAAUCCUCUGUAGCUGUGGACUUUAUGAAGAACAUUAAGAAACUUUUUGAUUCCAAUAACAUUUUGAAUCCUUACAAAACUCUGCCUUAACAUGUUCUAAAUAUAAUUAUGUUAUAAUUGAGUGGGUGUUCCAGUGCAAGUAUAAGUACAUGUAAUAGUUGUAGGCACUCACUUCAGUUAAUUGUUCAUACAAAAAACAAUUUGAACACUUG